AUGGUCGAACACCCUGUAGAGCAUGUGAACCACUUCAACCAGAGAAUGGCUGUGCACUUUAAGAAUGAGACCUUGAUGUGCAAGGUAUUCCCAUCCAAUUUGGGGCCUAUGGCAAUAAGGUGGUUUGAUGGUGUGGGAGUUGGUUUUAUUGAUUCCUUUAAGGAAUUCACUUGGGCAUUUGAAUCUCGCUUUAUUACAUGCAGUAGAGUUCCUUGGCCCUUAGAUUCCUUGUUGUUUGUGACCAUGCGAGAAGGGGAGACCCUGAAAUUGUAUUCAGACAGAUACUGGGAGAUGUUCAAUGAGAUAGAUGGGGACUUUGAUGACGUGGCCAUAAGGACUUUUAAGGUCGGCCUACCUGCCGAGCAUGAUUUAAGAAAGUUGUUAACUAAGAAGCCCGUAAGGAGUGUGCGUCGGCUCAUGGACCAUAUUGACGAGUAUAAGCGAGUCGAGGAGGACUAA